AGACUACGUUAUUUUAUGGUUAUUUCCUGGUUUAUUGACCGAAUAUUUCCCUGGUUUUUCAAGAAGACGUCUCCUGUCCACACCCAAUUAGGAGCUACGACUCCGCCCAACGGGGGCCACGUAAUAUGAGCCUCCCGAAUCCACCACAGCCUAACCAGGAUGAAUCUGGAUCUGCCGAACCACAUCACAAGCCUGAAGACUCUCAUGAUAGCGUCAUGGAUGACUUCGAGGACGAAGCUGGGUGGCAAACCCAAACGUCGAAGAAGAGACGUCACGGCUCAAAGUCAAGUGAGGACACAAUCAUAACUCAGCCGGGUUAUAAUCUCACAGUCAUUGUUAAGCCUAACGACCCAACCACGAUCAUCACCAACAUGAACCCUCUGGUACUAAAACAAAAGCUGGACAGUCUGGCCCCAGACGGUGUCAUCCAGAUUCGGCCCAACUACCGAUUGAAUCUUCUGGCCAUCGAUGCUAGAAAUGUAGAAUCCACAAAAGCACUCCUGCAACUGAAGAACCUGGGAACAGUUCAAGUUCAAACUUACGAACCUCCUCCACCAUCGGCAUCUGUGGGUAUUAUUCGAGGAGUAUCUGCAGACAUCGAGGACGCUGAUCUCUUGGCAGCCAUGCGAGAAAAAGCUUCAGUAAUCCAGGUGAGAAGACUUGGAAAGUCAGAAAUUGUCAAACUGGUCUUCGCAACAAAAUCCUCACCUGAAUAUGUCACUGCCGGGCAUACACGUUACAAAGUUCUUCCCUACCUUGAAAAGCCAAGGCAGUGUCCGAAGUGCAAUCGCUUCGGCCACAUUGCAAGCACCUGUCUUAAGGCGCAGCGCUGCAGUCGCUGUGGCGGCGACCACGGAGUAAAUGAGUGUGCAGCGGAGCAGCCUAAAUGUGCCAACUGUAAGAAGCGCCAUGAUGCGACAUCAAAAGUCUGUGCCAUCUACAAAGUAGAAAGACAAAUCAGCAACUACAAAAGCUCGAAAAAUGUGAACUACACUUCCGCUAAAUCUGCUAUCGAAAACGACCAAGAGGCGUGUGGAACUGGAAGACACUGGACACCUCGAAAACGAUCACAAGGCUCAAAAGAAGAUAAGCAAUCAUGCAUUCCACUCCAGAGCGAGGAUAACUUCCCUCCUUUGGAAAACUUGACAGGCAAAACUGCUCCAGACGCCUCAGCAGCUCCCCCAGUACAGUCUGGACCAAGCACUCAGCCAUCUAGUGCUUCAGCAGCUACCGCCAAAAAAGGCCCUUCAAGAGGUCUGACCCGGCCAACCCGAAAGCACAGUGAGCCACCUGGUGAUCCUAAACCAAUACCUAAUGCAACACUUAAGCCUCAAAGCUUCGGAAGUGCGAUUUGUACGUUAGCCAUACAGCUACGUACCUUUCUCACGUCUCUAAAUUUUCCAUUCGCUCAGGCACUGGUUACAGUAAUCGACAUGCUCCUGCCACUUGCCAGCUCCUGGUCUAGGUAGUCUCGCCUUAAUAAGGCCGGACUGCAAUCGACGCAAAAUCAUCUUCCUCGCUGCGCAAGACGCUGUUUAAUACCUCAGAUUCUUCAGUGGAAUGUUAAUGGACUACGAAAUCGGAUAGACGACU